AUGGCUCCUCCAUCGUCUUUCCGGCUUGAUUCUAACCCAGCUAUGCAAUCCCACAAUCUCCGUCGUCAGCUUAAACAGGACCCUCAUCUCUCUGCUACCUGCAUCCGUAGUCUGGUGAAACAGUUAGCCCCCUCCAGAUCAAAAGACUCCAUGCACCCUGACCUUUCCCCGCCUCCGAAUUCUACCACACAAGGCGAAGUUUCAGAUGCUUCACCCACUCAAAAAUCCACACACCGCCGACCACAUAAAAGACAAGUUCGCAGGAGACUCCACCCCACUAGGCCCUACCAAGAUAGGCUUCUGAACAUGGCAGAGGCUAGGAAGGAGAUUGCUACUGCCCUCAAAUUUCACAGAGCUUCCAUGAAACAAGCCACCCAACGCCCACAACAAGAAGCCAAACAGCAGCAGCAGCACCCGACAGUACCCAUCCUUCCACCGCAACACCCGUGUUUUGCGCAAGACGGAGGAAUUAUGUCUCAGAGAAAUCCCAGAAUAUACCCAUCAUGCACCAACAAUUUCUCGAAUCUCGUGGAUGAUUUUUCCUUUUCGUCUUUCUCUCAUCCUGCUCUGUCUCUUCCAAAUCCCCCGAACUGGCCCCCCGCCUCCCCAGCUGCUCCACCGCGAAUGGCUGGAAACCUCAGUUACAACCUUCCUAAUCGCCCUUUGGGAUUGAACCUCAAUUUUCAGGAUUUCGUCAACUUAGAUGCUCCUCUUUACGUCGAUAACAACAACGCGUCAUUUUAUUCGCACUCAUCUUCAUCAUCAUCUUCUCCUUCACUUUCUGUGUCAGCUGAUCAGGAAGUUCCUUCGGUUGCAAUAUCACAGGGAGAGGGAACCUCUGCUCUGGCGGAUGCUAUUGACUCCAUUGCUGCCACUCAGCACUGUGGCCCAAGUUCAUGA